AUGAGUAAAGCUUUAGCUGUUCAAAGCACAAAUUGUUUGCAUACUUCAGUCAAAUUGAAUCAACGACCUACUUCUUCUUUGAAGCAAGUUUCCAUCGUUUCUACUACCAAUCCCAUUGUUAACAAUAUUAUGAGCCCCUCUCACCAUCACAAUUAUCCGAAACAUCAUCCUCAACAACAAGCUCCUUGUAAACAUGCCGAAAGUUCUAAACAACAGCAGCAGCACAUGAUGCCAACUACCCAUCAUACUAAAGCUAAAUUAUUUGAUUAUGAGGCACUUUAUUCUGAUGAGUUGAAUAAAAAACACCAAGAUAAAUCUUAUAGAUAUUUUAAUAAUAGUAAUCGUCUUGCUAAACAUUUUCCAAAAGCUCACACUGCCAACACGAAUGAAAAGGUUACUGUUUGGUGUAGUAAUGAUUAUCUUGGAAUGGGCAGAAACCCUGUAGUUCUUGAAUCUAUGCAGUAA